AUGUACGACCUCUAUCCAUCCGCGUCUUCUUCGACACUCGACACUAGGAGCUACAACUUUCCUGACGGCGAUAUCUCUCUCCUAGUCGAAUCUACAUCCUUCCGAGUUCAUAGGGACAAACUCAUCCAGCAUUCACAUGUUUUUGACGACAUGUUUAUUGUUGCACACCCUGACUCUGGGCUAGACGACCAUGACGAUGAAGAAAUUUACCAGCAAACUCCAAACGUGUCGGUACGAAUGCCCGAUACUGUAGAAGAGUGGCGUCUUGUCUUUAGCGUCCUAUAUCCCCCAAAAGACCGAGCGCCAAUAUCUUCGAUCGCGUCGCUCCGAGACAUUGCCGUUGCUCUCCGCAUGGCUGAAAAGUACGAUGUUGCGCAGGUUCACAGCUGGGCAGUUGCGCAUUUUGCGCACAGAUAUCCCAUAUCUCUGUCGUAUAUAUCAAGCGGAGAUACUUUACUCGAACCGGCAUGUUUCGCAUUAAAUCUGGCAAAGAUGUACAAUGUCUCUUCGGUCUUACCUUCGAUCUUCUUUGCUCUGGCGAUAACCGAGUGGCACCUGUCACCAUCCGAACUGAAUGACCGUCUCUCCUCGUGGCUCGACCCAAAGGAUACUGAAAAGAUUCUGGCCGGGCGAAAUAUACUUUGGAAAAGAACAUUGAUCGUGCGACAUGAGGCCGAAUCACGACAGUCCAGCCCAAUGCUCGAGCCGUACUGCACUUCUCCUGGUCCUACGGGGCAUAUUCCGGGUCCAACAUAUACACGCGCAGCCAAAUCAUGUCGAGAUAUAUUGGGCGAACGUCUUCGUGAAGCGCUCGGAAUGGACUCCAGAACAAAGUUAUCAGGGGCCCGUGGGGUCAAAGGUGCGCCUGGGCGAACACUACUCGAUGCACUGCAAACUCUCGAGGAGAUGGACGAUCUAGAUAUCGUCGUAUGGCCGAGCCCAGUAUGCCACGUCUGUAGCCUGGUACAUUCCCGAUGGGUAACACAAACGAAGGCUCGAACGAUUAGGGAUAUGUUGGAGGCUUUCCAAGAUUGA